AUGGCGUUGCUACAAUAUCGAGCCCCUGUCGACUACGAAGCGCAGCAAGAAGCCUUCCGAGAAUUUCUCGAGAAUUUCAAGUCUUCCGAGUCUGCAUCUGAAGAAACUGCCGCCGACGCCAUCAACGGGCUUCACAUUGAUGGCGAUGGCACUAGUGACGAGUACGAUUUUAUGGACGACGCAGAGAAUGGAGGCGCCGCGCGAUCAGGCAGAAAUGACCGAGGUCACCGGGACAAGAGAAAAUACAUAUCAUUACUUCAGGACAUCGCGGAUCGAGUCAAGUCAAACAUCUUGAUUGAGUUGGAUGACCUCGACUUGUACGAACGAUCUCUAGGUGACGAGCAAAACUUGAAAUUGGUUGAAUCAAUAACGAAUAAUACAAAACAUUAUGUCGACCUUUUCGCAGAAGCUGUUGACAAGGUCAUGCCUAAAGAGAGCAGAGAGAUCUCAUUCAAAGAUGACGUACUUGAUGUUAUCAUGUCUCAAAGAGAGAAGCGGAAUCAGACCAUGUCACAAGCAAUGGAGGCAGACUUGGACACAGUGUUGCCACUUUCAACAUUUCCGCCCGAGCUAACUCGCCGAUAUACCCUCAAUUUCAAGCCUUUAACCCCUUCAGGUUCAAGCAAUGACCGUAGCGCGAAAGCGUUGGCAGUCCGAAAUGUCAAAGGCGAGCAUCUGGGACAUCUCAUCACAGUACGAGGAAUCACCACUCGCGUGUCAGACGUCAAGCCUGCGAUCAGUAUCCAUGCAUAUACCUGCGAUCGCUGUGGCUGCGAAGUGUUCCAGCCAGUCACCACCAAGCAAUUCACCCCCAUGCAGGUUUGUACCUCAUCCGAGUGCCAGAAAAAUGACAGCAAAGGGCAACUUUUUCCAUCGACUCGUGCAUCUAAAUUUCUACCCUUUCAGGAAGUCAAAAUUCAGGAAAUGGCAGAUCAAGUGCCAGUGGGUCAUAUUCCUCGAACGUUGACGAUCCACUGUCAUGGUGCUUUGACACGUCAGAUCAAUCCUGGAGAUGUUGUUGAUGUAGCUGGAAUCUUCUUGCCUACACCGUACACUGGGUUCAGGGCCAUCCGAGCAGGACUGCUCACAGAUACAUAUCUAGAGGCGCAGCAUAUCACCCAGCAUAAGAAGGCGUACCAAGACCUAUUGAUGGACGCGAGAACUUUGCGCAGAAUCGAUCAGUACAAGGCUUCCGGUCACAUGUAUGAAUAUCUGUCCCGAUCGAUUGCACCAGAAAUCUUCGGCCAUCUCGACGUGAAAAAGGCUCUUCUUCUACUCCUCAUUGGAGGCGUCACGAAGGAGAUGGGUGAUGGAAUGCGCAUUCGAGGCGACAUCAAUAUCUGUCUGAUGGGUGACCCUGGUGUGGCCAAGUCGCAGUUGCUGAAAUACAUCACCAAAGUUGCUCCUCGCGGAGUUUACACCACUGGACGAGGGAGCAGUGGCGUGGGUCUUACAGCAGCAGUCAUGCGUGAUCCGGUGACGGACGAAAUGGUUCUGGAAGGUGGCGCUCUCGUCCUAGCAGACAACGGUAUCUGCUGCAUAGACGAAUUCGAUAAGAUGGAUGAUGGAGACAGGACAGCCAUUCACGAAGUGAUGGAGCAACAGACGAUUUCGAUUUCGAAAGCCGGAAUCACCACGACACUGAACGCCAGGACGUCCAUUCUUGCGGCGGCCAAUCCAUUGUACGGACGAUAUAACCCAAGAAUAUCACCUGUGGAGAACAUUAACCUUCCGGCGGCGCUGCUGUCUCGUUUUGAUGUUCUAUUCUUGAUCUUGGACACACCAUCCCGUGACACUGAUGAACAGUUGGCGAAUCACGUUGCCUACGUGCACAUGCACAAUAGGCAUCCCGAGGCAGACACCAAUGGAGUCGUGUUCACCCCUCACGAAGUCAGGCAAUACAUUGCUCAGGCUCGCAGUUAUCGGCCAAAUGUGCCCAAGUCGGUCUCGGAUUACAUGGUGGGUGCUUAUGUGAGGAUGCGACAGCAACAGAAGCGCGAUGAGGGUAGCAAGAGACAUUUUACCCAUACUUCGCCCAGGACUCUGCUUGGAAUACUUCGAUUAUCACAAGCCCUGGCAAGGUUGAGAUUCAGUGAUCAAGUGGUCACGGAAGAUGUUGACGAGGCACUCAGACUUGUAGAAGUCAGCAAAGCCAGUCUUUACAACGAUUCAAGGAGCCAAGGCGACCAAAGCAAUAGCACCAAGAUUUACAACCUCAUUCGGGGUAUGAGAGACAGUGGUGCUGCUGCUGUUGGUGAUGGAAGUCGCGGAGAGCUGAGCAUUCGAAAAAUCAGCGAAAGAGUGAUCGCCAAAGGCUUCACUCAGGAUCAGCUAGAGCAAGUAAUUGGGGAGUAUGAAUUGCUCGACAUCUGGCAGAGAGCUGCGAACGGGACGCGGCUCGUGUUCAUCGAGGCCGGAGACACUGACGAUGAGAUGAAUAUGUAG